AAUAUUUGCUGACAUUCUUUGUUCUCUAAAGAAAAAAAAAACCAAACCUUUUUUUAAUGAAAGAAAAAGUACUAGCACAUCACUAUUACACAAUCACAUAACCUAAGAAAGAUAGACACAGCAAGUUAGUGGUGUUUGUGGCUCAGAUUUAACCAUAUCAAAUACAGCACAUAAGCACAAACAACCCAUCUUUAAUGAAGAAGAAGAAGUAAAUCGACAUUGGUUUAAUGGAGAAUCCCAAUGGCGUUUUGUUAGAACCUGAUCUUGUAGGUGGUGCUGUUAACUACAGAGGAGAAGCAGCCGUUAGAUCCAAAUCUGGUUAUUGGAGAUCUGCUUGGUUCAUCAUAGGUGUGGAAGUGGCAGAAAGAAUUUCAUUUUAUGGAAUUCAAGGAAACUUGAUAUCAUAUCUAACAGGACCACUUAAUGAGAGCAUUGCAAUAGCUGCAAAGAAUGUAAAUGUAUGGGUUGGAACAGCUUCACUUCUUCCUCUCUUAGGUGCUUUCGUCGCUGAUUCUUUUCUUGGACGCUACCGUACAAUCAUACUCGCUUCUCUCAUUUAUAUCAUGAAAUUAAAUUAGAUCUUGUAAUGAAAAGGAAAAGUAGUCCAAAUGCUAAAGUGGAAGAUGACUCUUCAUGCAUUGAAGGAUUGUCCCAAUUGUUGGACGAAAAUAGCGCUAUCAAAGGGAUAGAGAUAACAGCAUGUGAAGCAGCAGGAGUUUGAUUUCUUGAAUCACUUGAUCAACAAAUUAUCGUGGCUUUUACGCAUGUACUUAUUUGCAUUUCACACGGGAUGUCUGUAAUCCAAAAUAUAUUAAAUUUGAGUCUUUUUCAUGUAACAUAAUGUAAAUUUAAUAUUAUAUUAAGGUGUCUUCAAGAUACACCUUAUUUGGA